AUGGAGACGGCUGAUCUUGUAGUGGACGGUACACGUACGUCAGGAAAAGAUAUUCGUGAGCAAAAUGUAACGGCAGCAGUGGCUAUUGCGAAUAUUGUCAAGAGCUCGCUCGGCCCCGUGGGACUGGACAAGAUGCUCGUAGACGAUAUUGGUGACGUGACUAUCACCAACGAUGGCGCUACAAUUCUUAAGCAACUGGAAGUGGAACAGCCUGCUGGUAAAGUUCUAGUUGAACUGGCAGGUCUGCAGGAUCAGGAGGUCGGUGACGGUACCACGUCCGUCGUUAUUAUCGCUGCGGAGCUGCUUAAGCGUGCCAAUGAUUUGGUCAAUAAUAAGAUCCACCCAACUUCUAUCAUUGCUGGGUACCGUCUCGCUAUGCGUGAAGCUGUCAAGUACAUUAAAGAGAAUCUAAGUGUGCCUGUGGACUCUAUUGGACGUGAGAGUCUCGUUAGUGCUGCAAAGACUAGCAUGUCUUCCAAAAUUCUUGGCCCCGAGAGUGAGUUCUUUGCUAAUCUCGUGGUGGACGCCGUGUCAUCGGUCAAAGUGGAGCAGGAAGGUGUGAAAGGUAAGGUUAAAGCCAGGUAUCCCGUGAGCUCUAUUAAUUUACUGAAGGCACAUGGAAAGAGCGCGCUGGAGACGCAACUGGUGGAUGGAUUUGCUCUUAACUGCACCAAGGCUUCGCAGCAGAUGCCUUCGUAUAUCAAGAACGCCAAGCUUGCUCUGUUGGACUUUGACCUGCAGCGUCACCGUAUGCAGAUGGGUGUGCAGGUGAUAGUGAAUGACCCUAAUGAGCUGGAGAAGAUCCGUCAGCGCGAGAUUGACAUUACUAAGGAGAAGAUCCAGAAGAUGAUUGACGCUGGUGCCAACGUGAUAAUGACCACCAAGGGUAUUGAUGACUUAUGCCUGAAGUACUUUGUAGAGUCGGGUUGCAUGGGUGUACGUCGCUGCAAGAAGGAGGACCUUCAGCGUAUUGCCAAGGCUACUGGUGGACAGGUUGUGCUCACACUCGCCGACUUGGAGGGUGAGGAGACUUUCGAUCCCUCUACGCUGGGUGAAGCAGAGGAAAUUAGCGAGGAGCGUGUCGGCGAUGGCGAGCUUAUCUACAUUAAAGGCUGCAAGACGCGCCAGGCCACCACUGUGGUCCUGCGAGGUGCCAAUGAGAACAUGCUUGAUGAAAUGGACCGCUCUAUGCACGAUGCGUUCAUGGUAGUUAAGCGCAUGCUUGAGAGCAACCAACUUGUUGCUGGUGGCGGUGCUGUGGAAGCUGCUUUGUCUAUCUACCUCGAGAAUUUUGCUACAACGCUGGGCUCCCGAGAGCAGCUGGCCAUUGCUGAGUUUGCCGAUGCGCUGCUGGUGAUUCCAAAGACCCUGGCAGUGAACGCUGCCAAGGACGCUUCGGAACUGGUGGCACGUCUUCGUGCACACCACAACACAUCACAAAGUGAUGUUUGCAAGCGUGAGCUGCGUUUCACGGGCUUGGACCUGCUCCGAGGCGAAGUGCGUGACAACCUGGAGGCUGGUGUCGUGGAGCCUGCUAUCAGCAAGAUUAAGAGUCUGCGUUUUGCUACUGAGGCUGCCAUUACGAUUCUGCGGAUUGACGAUCUGAUCAAGCUCAACCCUAAGGAAGAGCGUCAGCAGUAG